AUGUCUAAACGUUGUAGAUACGUUUCCGACAUGUCGUCCUCAGAAGAUGAUUACGAUGGAGAUUAUAAUCCAAAUAACUCACAAAAAGAGAAUUCAGAUCAUGGAAAUACUAGCAGAAAGCCCACAAGACAGCCAAAAGUCUUUUCCAGAAACGCUUUAAUGGCAAGAGAGAACCGUUUGAAGAAAAAAAUGUACGUUAUGACUUUGGAAAAUGAUUUAUCCAAAGCCAAAGGAGAAAACAAAAAGUUAUCCACAAUAGUGGAUAAUCAGUCAUUUUUAAUAGCUGACCUGAAAAAGCAGGUUAAGCACUUAAAAAGUGUUCUGGCAAAUAGUAGUGACUUAAGUAACCUAAUUAAAAACAUUCAUCAAAGCACAGGUAUGUCAGUAUCAUCCUCAUUGGAUAAAAACUUAAAAAAUACAUGUGUUUCCAAGCCUAAACAACCCAUUGCCAGAAAAACAGCACACCCCUGGGAAGAAAGUAAACAAUACCCAAGUUUUCCUACACCAGAAUCCAUAAAUGAGAACAGCCCAUUGGCUGAUUGUGGAUUUAGUAAUGAUUUCUCAAUGGAUUUACUUAACUGUGAUAUACCUUUAGACUUAAAUCUACUUGAUGACAUUGACCCCUUGACCAAGUUAUACGAUGAACCUUUUAGUGAACACAACUACACCCAAAAGAAGAACCUAACCGAAGAAGAUGAUAUUGGAGUAUGCCUGCACGUUUCCAAGCACCGAGUUUCCCUGGAAUUUUGCUCAUCGUGCAGCGAAAAUGCCAGCGAAUCCUGGAUUUAA